AUGGUCAUAGUGGCGCUGGUGUUGGUGCUGGUUGUGGUGUUGGUGCUGGGGGUGCUGGUGGUGCUAGUGGUGCUGCUGGUGGUGGUGUUGGUGGGAAACGUGGAUACUGAAGAAGCGACACCAUCACUGCGAACACCAGGUGAUGACAGCCCUUCCGACAAGGUGGUGAGGAGGCCCGUUGUUGCAAGGCAAGCUUCCAAGGAAAUCAUUGAGGGCAUCCGAAGGAAGCGGAGCACGUCGAUUGUGUCAUCCCACGAUGAUGACGCGCAGGACAAGAUCGAUGCAGAAGAAGCGAGGUGGCGGAUUCCAGCCAGCUUCUUCUACGAUCCCAGCACUCCGGAGCUCAACCCGCCCCUGGAGGAUCGCGAGUUGCCGCGACAAGGGGCGCGAGCAGCUCGUUUCAUGGGCUUCGACUUCAGCCGCAUUAACAACGCAGUCUGGACCUCAAACGAGGAGUUUGCGUACAUCACCGGCCACGUGGUCUGCUUCAUGAACAUACAUACGCGCCAAAGACGCUUCCUCCACGGACGCGACAACGGUGGCAUUGGCGCUGUAGCGAUGUCUCCGGACAUGACGUAUUUCGCAGUGGCUGAGAGAAGUAUCACUUCACAGCCGAAUGUUUACAUCUACUCGUUCAAAACGAUGAGGUUAUACCGCAUUUUGCGAAAGGGCACAAUGCGUGGCUACGCCUCAGUGGCGUUCUCGCCUCACAACAAGAACCACUUGGCAGCACUAGGCUGCGCCCCAGACUACUUGCUCUCUGUGUGGGACUGGCGCAACGAGCGGCUUCUGCUGAAGUGCAAAGCCUACGGUCAGGAUGUCUUCAGCAUCCGCUGGGGCCAGUUCCCUGGCAUGCUAACGUCCGUGGGCGUCGGGCACAUCCGGUUCUGGAAGAUGGCGACGACCUUCACGGGGCUGAAGCUUCAGGGCGCAUUGGGAAAGUUUGGUGCGAGCGAGCUCUCUGACAUCAGCGGUUUCGUCGAGCUGCCUGAUGGCAAAGUCGUCUCGGGCACAGAGUACGGAAAGCUCUUGGUGUGGGAGGGAGUCUUUGUCAAGGUCGAGCUCAUGCGUGCCAAGGAUGGCCUGACCGCGCAGGAGGCGGCCACGAACCUGGCAGGGAGCCCACACGCGGGGGCCAUCGAUGUCAUCCUCAUCGACAAGGACAAUGGCUUGGUGAUCUCUGGUGGCGAUGAUGGCUACCUCCGCUGGUGGCCCAUCGAAGAGAUCGACAGUGCCGAAGCGGACUACGACAAUGGAAUCCUGGAGUAUGGAAUUCGCAUGCACAAGGAAGUUUGCAUCCCAGCGAGUACCGAUCAGCACAUCUACCCUGCCCACAUCCAGCAUGUGACGGUGUGCCCUGACGGGGAGACAUGGCUGGUGCAGGAUUCCCGCAAUGGCAUGGUAUGGCUGUACGACAUCACCAGCGCGAACUGCCAGAUGGUCUUCAGCUGCCACAGCAAGCAGGUGACGGGGACGGUGGUCUCCUCCAGCUACAGCGGGCUGGUCGUGUCAUGCGGCAUGGAUGGGACAGUGCGUGCCUUCAACGUUUCCCAGGCGUGGGAUAACGAGCUGUUCCGGGAUCCUCGGCCUCUAGCAAAUGCAGGAGUUGGUGCCACCUGCAUGGAUGCCACUCCAGAGCUUGUUGACCCAUCCAAGCGCACCCUCUGUGUCGGCUACACGGACGGCACCAUCCGGGCCUUCACUGCGUGCGCCGACGGUUUCCUGCAGCUCCAGGCUCUGAAGCCCCACAAGUGCAUGGUGAAGCAGCUCAAGUACAGUGGAGAGGAUGCUGGCUUGAUGGCAACACUUGGAGAGGACAAUUCGGUGUUCUUCUUCCAGGUGCAGAUGCUCUCUGAACAUGCAAUUCCAGUGGGCUUUGUGUCGAUCCCGGCCACCGUGAACUUCUUCGCGUGGGACGACAUCUCAGGCAAUGUCUUGCUCAGCUUGGGCGAUGGUUCUUUGCUGGUCCUGAAGAGCCCGAUACCAGAGUCGGUCGACAACACGGAGUCGUACGACAUCUCCGUAAACUACAUCUCCGUGAUGCCAGAUGUCCCUGAGAUCGAAGAGUGCGGCACCCAGUCUGAGGAGGACGAGGGCGGCGAGGGCGGCGAGGAGGGGGAAGCCUCGCCUACAGCUGGCGAGGAGAAAGAAGAGAAGGCGAAAGAUGAUGAUGAGGAUGGAGAGGCGCACAAGGAGGUCAUUGUGACGUCAGUCUCUCGGGCGAUCUACAUCCCUGGCGAGGGCUCAAGCGACGAGUCUGAGCGCCGGAUCAUCUUCACCGGUACGGGAAAGUAUACCGGUGGUCUUUGGGAAUGUUCCCUCUUCGGCAUCCAGGAGACCAUCGCUUCCGAGGUGCCGUUGUCCGAGCGCAUCUCCACGCAGCUGUCCUGCAUGCUCCGAGCAAAGCUGCCCAAGAACGUCAACGUGACUCACUUAUCCCUCUCUCCGGGCGGCAACUGGAUCAUUCUUGGCUUUGCUGAUGGGCGCAUCUGGUUGAUCCCUCGAAUCGCUGGAGGCUGCUUCCUCUGCGCCAACAUCUCGGACGGCAGCAGUGGUGCGGUGAACUCGGUCCAAAUGAUGGACGACGAGUCCAUGAUGGUUGUGGCAGCCGGGGAUGGAUCCCUCGUGAUGCUGCUGAUCAGCGAGGGGCUGCUCGCAGUGGCGCAUGACAAGGCAGAGGGCGUCGAGGUCAACAUGGAGGAAGUUGGGGAGCAGCUCCAGGGCUCCAUUCCAGAGCUACCGGAGACGACGAUGGAAGGUUGGGGCCUACCGCCGAAGGAGGCACCAGGGGUGGUGGCGAUCAACCCUGACAUCACGGAUCCACAGCAGUACUCGAUCCAGGAUGCCAAGCUCAAAGCCGAGGAGGACAGCGCCAAGGCCGCUGCCGAGCUCAAGAAGCUGCGCCGGGAGCCUGGAUGCGUCAGAGAACGCGUGAGCGAGAUCCGCGAGGAGCUUGUCGAGCUUCAGGUGAAGAACAGCCAGCUCGUAGAAGCCCAGCUGGUUGGCGGCGACAUGGUGGUUGACCAGGAGUACAUCAACCAUCUCAAGGAGGACAUGGAGAAUCAAAUCGAGCAGGUGCGUUUCGAGCUCGCCUGGUCCGUUGAGUUCCAUGAGCGAGGGCUGCAGAAGCUCAAGGACUACUACCUGAAGAGGGUGGACUUUGAGCGGGUGGAGGUCCUGGGCUUCCAGUCGCCCCACCGUGUGUCCACCUUCCGCUGCGCGACCAUGUCCGACGAGCUCCAGGCCAACCUCGCCAGGCUUCACGAGCUGAUUUUCGCAGCGGAGGGCGAUGCGGACCUCGAGGAAGAAGACGAUGAGAAUGAGGGCAUGGGCUACGAAGGUGCCAAGACCGAAUUUGGCUUCGACGUCACCGACAUGUCAGGUUCGCAGAAUGCCGAGCGCACUCUGUCAGGUGCCGAAAUGCGAGAGCUCCGACGCCAACAGAGGUUGCAGCGCAAGGCCCAGAUCCAGGAGCUUGAACGUGCCAAGCCGAAUGAGCAGUACGAGGCUCCCGAGGAUGUGGAAGCCAUCGCCAAUGCAGAGGCAACGCUCGGGAACUACAUGCUCAAGACCAGCGAGGACUAUCAGGUGCCCGAGAACCAGCGCAUGAACGCCGAGAAGAAGCGGCGCCAGAUGUUCUUGCUGGAGGAGUCCAUCCAUGCCAUCAAGACCGAGUUCAACCAGCGGGUACUGGCCCUGCGCGAUUUCCGCCAGCAGGUCCGUGCCGAGGUGGAGAGGGAUUUGAUGGCACUCGCAGAGAUCGACGAGCAGCUAGGCACGAAGACGGACUGGGUCGUGGGCAUUGUGGAUAGCCCGCUUGGUGCGCCGCCGGAGUUCCCGGAGAAGCGUUUUGAGUUCAACGACGCCGACAUCCAGGCGUUCGCCAGCCACCUGAAAGGCGAGAAGCUCGAGGAGGCCAACCCGCCAGCCGCCGAGGACCACGAAGACUUCCAGGAAGAGGAGGAGGAAUUCGAGCCUCGUUCCUGGUCCAUACUGCCGGAGGCAGAGGAGGAACUCUAUGCAGAGAUCGAGGAGGACGAAGGCGAGGACGAGGAGGGUGGGGCCACCGAAGAGGUCGAGGCGGAAGGCAGCACGGACAUGAGGGAGGGUUUAGGGUUUAGGGCCGUAGGGGUCCGGCCGGGUGCUCCCCUUUCUGGCCGUGCUGCGCUCGCAGCCCGGCGCGUUGGUCGCCUCACUCUGCCGCAGCCACAAAGGGGGGAUAAGUCCGGCAAGCGGGACGUUUUGUCUGAGGCCGUCGCCACCGAAUCCCAGGCCCGUCUCCGGCACGACAAGGGCCAGCUCGAGGAGCACGUGCGGCAGGUCAUCGACACUUUCAACAUGGCCGUCGCCUCCAUUGAGAAGGAGAAGGCCAAGCUGGAAAGUGAUCUCAAGAACGCCGACAUGAAGCUCCUGGUGCUGUAUGAGGAGCUAUUAACGCUGAACGACUUGGAAGAGAAAGACGAGGCGUUGCUUAAGAAAGCGACGAAGUGCCGCCAAGACAAGACCAGCAUCAUGCACCAGAUCAAAGAGUGCCAAGACCAGCUGAGCGAGAAAAAGGCCGAAAUCGAAGAAUGGCACACCCAGGAGCAGAACCUUCAGGCCGAAUUUACGGAUCUGGUGGGCGAGAACUCGCCCUUCCUGAGUGCCCUCCUGAAGGUUUACAAGAAGAAGGUGAAGAGGUCCAAGCGGAAGAAAGGGGGGGAGGAAGAGGAGAUGGAUGAGGACGAAGAGGACGAGGAUGACGAGGGAAGCGACAUUGAAAGCGACGAGGAUGAAGACAUGGAUGACGAUGAUGUCGGUCCGCCGCAGGGAUGCGACCACCAGAUCUAUGAGAGCGUCAUCGAUCUGCGUGACAAGCGCCUGGAGAUGGAAGACGCCCUCCAGGAGAUUCAGAAAGCAGUGGAGGGCCUCAAGAACACGCACAAGCGCCUUGGGGAAGACGAGCAGCGCAUUGACAAGGAGCAGAGACGGACCGAUGCGGAGAUUCAGCAGUUCCAGACGGAUAAGCAGCGCAAGCUGAACCAGGUGCCCAUCGUCUUUUCGUUGCGAUUGUCGCAGGUUCAGUGCUUGUCAUCUGCGGACCAAAGCGAUGCGCAGGAGCGCCUUCCGCCUGAGCUGGGUCAGCAGGUGGUCUUCACCAACGAGGGCCUGGACCGUCUCAUGACUCGCAUUACGGAGCUACACCAGGAGAUCAAGGAGGUCAAGGCAAGGCACAAACAGCUUCAGCGUGACUUCCGUGUGCGCAAGAAGGACAAGAGCGUUGCUUUGCAGCACAUCGAGGAUCUCCAUGCGAAGUUCCAGGACAUCCAGAUGCUCAAGUUCGGGCAGAUUGUCGACUUGGAUCUCAUCGAGCGAAGUGCUCCGAACAAAUACGUUCAGGAGCUGCAGGAGAAGGUGCUCCAGGCCGAGGCGGAGCACCGGCGCCGCAUCGCCGACUGGGAGAAGAGGAUGGAAAAGCAGAAGAAGGAGCUGACCAAAAUCACGUGCGACAACACGUCGCUCAUGGAACAGAUUGUCAGCAUGGGCUACUCGCAGAUGCAGCUGGACGCAGCCCUGAAUGCGAGAAUAGCUAAUGUCACAGUGAAUGACAAUGAGCCCUUGAAUGAGCUUCGACGGAUGGUGCACGGCUCAGGUUAG